GCCGAGGCAUCGCGGACAAUCAUCUGCGAGCCGCGCACAUUCUCGGUUCGAUGGAGAGAAGCAGAUUGUAUAAGAAUAGAGAUAAGAGCAGCGAGGAACUUCGAAGACGACGUGCUGAUCAGUCGGUAGAACUCCGAAAAGCCAAGAAAGAUGAACAACUUCAGAAGCGCCGCAACAUUCUCACACCUGAGCUUGAUGAGACCACGCCGUUGAGAGAAAAACAGGUUGAUACUUCUAAGCUUGGUUCCUACGAUGAUGUUAUUCGAGAUAUGCGGUCAGACGAUGAAUCUGUGAAGACAAAGGCUGUCCGUCUGUGCAGAAAAUCUCUGUCAGUGACGAAAGAUCCUCCAAUUGAUGAAUUUUGCAAGAGAGGAGUUAUCAGUAUUCUCAUUCCAAUGUUGAGCUCUACUCAUGAUGAUCUUGUUUUUGAGGCGGCCUGGGCACUGACAAAUAUUGCCUCUGGAGACAGUCGACACACGCACUCUGUGGUUGACUCUGGUGCAGUUCCGGAGUUGAUACGACUUCUUGGUCAUCCUGCCUCUUGCAUAGCAGAGCAGAGUGUGUGGGCGCUUGGAAAUAUUGCGGGUGAUGGGGCGGUGCUGAGAGAUCUUACCAUAAAAUGUGGUGUUUUAGAUCCAGUUAUAAAACUUUUAGAUCGCACUUGGAACCUUCCAGGAGUGGUUUCGAACAUCACUUGGAUGCUGUCUAACCUGUGUCGUUAUCGUAACCCGCCUCCUGCACGUGAGGUGCUUAAGACACUGCUCCCUGUGUUCACUCGACUUCUUCACUACGAAGGUAACAACGACGUGAUCGGGGACAGUGCGUGGGCAUUGUCAUACUCCAGUGACGCGGUGAAUGAUUUCAUUGACGACAUUAUUGAGAGUGGAUGUGUCCCACGGCUCCUUAGGCUGUUGGCAUCUGCCUCGGUGAAGAUUGUCUCUCCCUCACUCAGAACGAUUGGGAAUCUGGUAGCUGGGAGUGAUGCUCAAACACAAGCUGUUCUUGAUGCUGGUUUGUUAGAUUACAUUCCAGCCUUGUUGAAUAACGAGAAGUCGACCGUUGUCAAGGAGGCAUGCUGGCUUGUGAGCAAUGUAACAGCGGGUAACGUGCACCAGGUAGACCUGGUAAUCAAACAUGGCGUGUUACCAUGCAUCUUAGAGAUAUUUCACAAGGGUGAAUACAAAGCACAGAAAGAAGCCUGUUGGGUGAUCAGUAAUAUAAUAACCGGUGGGACAACGGAGCAAUGCGCCUACCUACUUAACCUCCCUAUCUUCAAGGCUUUGAAGAAUCUCCUUUCAGUCUCAGAUGUUAAAGUCAUCCUCAUGACUCUGGAAAUCAUCACGAAGCUCCUUGAGGGUGAGCCGGUUAGUUGUGUUGCAGUGGAGGAUUGUACUCUGUGUCUGAGGAACGCGAUGAUCGGUCCCAUGUGCAGCUGAUGUUCAGUUGAAAAUAAUAUGUUGGCCUGACCUAUGGCUUCAAUGGUGUUUAACACACCAGCUUUGAGGCGGAUCCACUCUAAGCGUCAUGUAAACAGUAUAUAUUUACCUGGGAAUUUCGCAUUGUGUCGCGGGUGAAUAAAUUGUUUAAGGUGUGAGGUGACUUUGCACUGUAACUGAACCAAGUGUGAAGAUUGUUAGACGCUUAGCUUUCUCGUCGACCUGGGUGUUUUCGUCAGACUAUGACCACCGAGACAGUAAAGUAUCAGUGUGAUAUGUUAAUUGAGACGGCAUGCUCCAACACGUGGUGCUGUCCAUUCUUUGACUAAGUCUAGGAGAAUGUUUCUGUUUACUUUGCAUUCUGAAGAUUUUGUACUGGAAAGUCUGUCUUAUUUUCUACAUCCAAGGUGUCUGAUCAAUAUGGCCAGUUGGAGCCUGUGUGUAUCGAGCUGGAGACAUGUGGGGUCUAGACAAAUUGGAGGCCUUACAAGAUCACAGUAACCAGCAGGUGUACCAAGCUGCGUAUAACUUGAUUGAGAAGUACUUCAAUGAUGGGGAUGAUGACGAAAAGCAGGACGAGAAUGUUCUCCAUGAUGGUACAUGUAGCACCGCAGUGUCAGCCAACUCAGAGGAAGAAUUCCGGUUUAUUCCACCUGAUUCCACUUUGGGAAAAGAUGGCGAUUUUCAGUUUUGAUAGAUGUUGCAUUGCUGCAAACUACACAUCUACCCGUUAUAUUUCCUAUCUAGACAAUCGACCAUAUUAACCGUCAGAUUGAGAAGUGACAGUUUUGCAAUGCUUUUAUUUCUCAAAUGAUUUUGUACAUAGAAUAAUAAAUAUUUUU